AACAAAUUUUGUUAUGACAGAACCGUUGUUGGAAGCUGGGAAGGCUCUAGGUGCUAGUGUAGCUUGGAACCCUCUUAGUGGUGACUUUUCGAUCAACAUCGCCACUGACAAUGUAGAAGUCGCACGAGACUUGUGCAAAACUGUAAGGGAAGUAACUCGAGACGUGUGCAUCACUGCAGUCUCCCUGGGUGCUCUCUAUCUUGGUUAUAAAUUAUUAAGACCACUAAUCGAGACUGCGGUUAAAAGAGGUCUUGGUGGUAAACGAGAUGACCAAGAAGUUCGAGAUAUCCGACCAGGAUCUUUGCAUGUUCUAUUACAUUGUUUUACAGACGAGAGAUUUCUGGAAGUCUUAGCAGAUUAUGAAUCGGGAAGAAUGAAGGAACGCUUGCAGGAAGAAUUUUCACAGAUUGGAAUUAAAGUAGAAGGAUUGAAGGUGGAGAUUGAAAACAUGGUAGAGGUGAACGAAACAAAGGAAGCCAUAAACAAGAGGUAUGCUAGAUGUUCUAUAAAAAUUCCAAACACUCAUUAAUAAUUCAUAAGCUUAUAUUGGCAAAUUAUUAAAUAUGAUAAAACACUCCUAUAUACGCAUGUAUUAAUUAAAUAGUACAUAUAACUCGUGCUGCACGCUCUUGAAUUUCAACUGAUAUAAGACAUCCAACUGUUUUUUUAUCCAAAAACUAAACAUCCUCGUUCCCAGGCUCACACUAUGUAAUUUUUUCUUGCGGAUAUAAACGAAUGUAUAGUUUAUGGGAAUGCUAACAUUGUCGUAUAAAAAGGAUGAUGUCUUUUCUAUCUGAAAAAUAAUAACAGGAAAAAAUUUGCAUUGGCAAAAUGGUGUAUACCCUGGUUCCAGGGGCUCUUUGCGAGGCAAAAGAAACGAGAGGCGAGAAGGAAGAGCGUGUGGUCACAUCGGUUGCAAAUCCCAUUUCCACACUUGAAUAGGUUCAGAAUUUGAAUCUCGCAUGUGAUUGGCCAUUUGUAAAAAUAUGUCAAACCGUUUGGGGAAAUAAACAUUACUGUAAGUUAAUUAUAUCUAAUAGCUGAACGUAUAAUCAAGUGUGGAAAUGGGAUUUGCAACCGAUGCGACCAGAGGCUCUUCCUUCUCGCCUCGUUUCGAGCCUCUGGAACCAGGAUAAAUAGUGUAAUACAUCAAACAUCUUAAUAUUGUUUCAACGCAGAUCUCAUGUCCACAACGAUCUUUGUGAGGGCGUGAAAAAUAUUGCAAUAGAUGAUGCGGAAAAUGACAUGGGGAUAAAUGGAAAGGUAAUUAUGUUUAUUUCAACAUUUUAUGUUUUUUUCAUCAUUCUUUUUUUUAAUCUCUAUAUUUUUAAAUUUUAAUCACUAAAUAGGCCUAAAUAUACUCUCAAAGAUUCAAGCUGUUUCAUGCAUAAAGCUAAAAAAUACGAAACGGAUUUAUUUCUAGUAGCUAAUAACCGGUUUGAAUAAAGUUAUACUACGGCCAGUACUAGUUAUAUGAAUAGCUAUCUUAAUGAGAACUCGUUUCUUUUUGACCACCAGUUUGGUUUUCCUAAGUUUCAUUCGACCGCUUCGGCUUUUCUACAUUGUAUAGCAUAUCGUAGGUGCCUUAGCUUACCAGUAACUCCAGACAAUAGGCCUUCGCUCGAAACAUUGAAGUUCUCCUUAUAUUUUUUGGUAGUUGCAUCUCUACCAACGAAAACGUGUUCACACCUUAGCCUACCUUAGAUUACCUUAGCAUACCUUAACAUACCUUAGACUACUUUGGCCUACCUUAAACUACCUUAGAGUAACUUAGCCUACCUCAGACUACCUUAGGGUACCUUGGCGGCUUAUCCUACCUUAGGAAUUUGAUGUGGAAUUCAGGUCAAAAUUCAAAAAAGGCAGUUUGCCGUGUCUCAAAUUCAUGAGAGGUAUCAGAUUAAUAAUGGCAUGAGGUGGGGCGGAAGAUAUUUGGAGGGGCCAUGAAAAAUCGGAGGAUGUCAGAAGAAGUGUCAGGAUGGAAAAAAUUGCGACAAGAAGCGGGGUGGGCUAGCAAAAAUAUAAAAGUAUAAUUAUUGAAAAAAAGCACCAAUUUAUUGGCUUAUAAAACAAACUUUAAUAUCAAACAGAAAUGACAUUAAGACAGUCUUGUUGUAUUUUUACAGCAAACACGAUAUCAAUGACAUGUGUUUUGAAUUCCUUCAAACGACUGUGAAGGCUAACUUCUGUUACUAUAAGUUGUUAAUUCAGAAUGCAGUUAAGGCUAUAUUUAUAUUACAGUAUUUUUUAAAAGUGCACAUGACAUGAAAUUCCCCCCCCCCCAAUUUUUUAUGCAUCACUUAAAAGUACCUUGAAAAUGAUGAAGAAUGCCCUGAAGAAUUUAUUCACAGCUCAUCUCAUCCCCAAGUUAUCGGGCAUUUUGUAUUUUUGUGUUAUAACGUCACUGGUUGUGCUUCAGGAUGGCAGCAAAAAGAAUAAAGUUUAAUAUCUCAGAAGUGAUUCAACGAAAUUAAAUGAAAUUUGGUACAAGGUUAGUAAGUGUACCUAAGCAAACAUUUUGGAACGUUUAUGUGGUUGUCACAGCAAACACUAGUUACCAGGUCCCUCUUUUCUUAUUUUAAUCACUUCUGAUAUAUUAGACGUUCUUUCUUUUCAUCCUAAGUAAAACUAGUGACGUCAUAACCAAAAUACAAAAUGCACAAUAACUUUGGAAUGAGAUGAGCUGUAAAUAAACUGCUCAGGCCAUUCUUCAUUAUUUUCAAUGACAUAGUCUACUCCCUCAUGUACAACAUACGAAAACUUCAUGCAUGCAUGGUUAGGCGGGGGGCGGGCUAUAAAACUAAACAUUAACUUUGGGGUGAGCCAAUGAAGAAUUAUUAGUAGAAGACUUCCCGCUCCCCAUCCCUCUCAUCACUAAUAAUGACUGCUACCUUACUUUGAAAUUCUUCUCAUGAAACAUGUUCCAGUUUUGCAAAUUUCAAGAGAGUACAUAUUUACGAGCAUUAUAAUAUAUUUCAAUGGAUCUAAAGACGACAAAAAUCUUAAUACAAUUAUAAAAGUGAACAAAUAAGUUCUAAAUUGAAAUUUUUGACAAUGAAUUAACUGAAGCAUGCACAAUACUGCUCUGGUAAUACAGUAUUACUCGAGCAGUAUGCUGCAUGAGAAGACUUUCAAAGUAACAAUUUAUUAAUCUGAUACCUUUCCUGAAUUUGAGAGACAGCAAACUACCUUUUUCGAAUUUUGACUAAUUCCACCUCAAAGUCGAAUCGAUCUAGACACAUGCUAAGGCAAAUAUCAUAUUUGGAUGAUUAAAGAUUAAUGGCUAUUCUUUGUAGGCUAUAAAGGUAGCCUAACAUUUACGUAGGCUAAGGUACCCUAGCUAGGUAGGCAAAGAUACCGUAAUGUAGUCAAGGUAGGCUAAGGUACCCUAAGGUAGGCUAAGGUAGUCUAAUUAGGUAGGCUAAGGAAGGCUAAGGUAGUAUAAGGAAGUCUAAGUACGUAUAGGCUCACGUACGUACCCUAAAGUAGACUAAGGUAGGCUAAGGUACACUAAGCCAGUUAAUUUAAGGUAAUAUUAAGGUAUGCCAUGUGUAAAAGUAUUUCGGUUGCUUAUAUACCAAGAAAGCGCCCAAAUUAUUCUUUAUUGCCAAAUCGAAUUAAUUGCGCUGAAUUUGAAAAGCGUUGCAACAAGCCAACAACUUACGAGCAGAGGAAACUUACAAUACAGUGGUCCCACCAUAGCUCCCCCUGUUUCAGACUGCUUAAAUUGUGGUUCAUCUUUAUCCACUCCAAAUUCACUAAGUAACUGUGUCUUGUAUACAGUAAACCACACACUUUAAAAUGUCAUAUGAUGAAUCCAAUUUUUAUAAUAGAUUAUUUUUAGAAUCCGAGUACUAAAAUUGUGUUCGAAAUUUGAAUGACUUUGACUAUGUUGCGCAUAGUUAUUUGUUUUUAUGUUUGGCACGGUAAAAAGCAGCUCACUAUCAAAUUAUGUUGACUUUAUAGUAUUUGGUCUAUCUGAUGGCCAACGGUAAUUGGUAACAGUCUCUACUUCAUUAUGCCUUCAAAAAAACCAGGCUUUUUAGCUCAACAAAGCAGGCAGUCUUCUGACAUAGCUACCAAAAUAUAAUGGUGAUGAUCACGAAAAACAAAAGUUAUUAAAAAGGCUCCGGCCGUGACCAGAUGCUGAGCUUCUAUCGUACAAAAAAAGGCCACCGUGGCGCCUGCUGGCAUUGUUGCGCAUAUAGCAGUUUUUGCUUGGGACCAAAAGGUUGUUAAUAUUCAGCCGCAGAAUAACCUUACUACCCAACUACCUUAAUUCCUUACUACGCAUCUACCUCACUACGCAACUACCUUACUACCCAACUACCUUAUUUCCUUACUACCCAACCACCUUACUACCAAACUACCUUACUACCCAACUACCUAACUACUAUCCUACUAACUUACUACCCUACUAACGUACUACCCAGCUACCUUACUACCCAACUACCUUACUUCCUUGCUACUUACUUACAACCCAAUUACCUUACUAUCCACCUGCCUUACUACUCAACUACCUAACUACCUUAGUUCUUACUACGCAUCUACCUUACUACCCAUUACCUUACUUCUCAACUACCAUACUACCCAACUACCUUACUACCCAACUACCUUAGUACCCAACUACCUUAGUACUCAACUACUACUGCUGAACUACCUAACUUACUACCCAACUACCUUACUACUCAACUACCUUACUACCCAACUACCUAACUUACUACCCAACUACCUUACUACUCAACUACCUUACUACCCAACUACCUAACUUACUACCCAACUACCUUACUAUUCAACUACCUUACUACCCAACUACCUACUACUCAACUACCUUACUACUCAACUACCUUACUACCCAACUACCUAACUUACUACCCAACUACCUUACUAUUCAACUACCAUACUACCCAACUAUCUUACUACCCAACUACCAUAAUUCCUUACUAAAUACUCACUACCCAACAACCUAACUACUACUCAACUACCUUGCCACCCAAUUACCUUACUACCCAACUACCUUAAUACCUUACUUCCUUACUACCCAACUACCUUACUAACCAACUACCAUACUACUCAACUACCUUACUACCCAACUGCCUUACUACCCAACUACCGUACUACUCAACUACCAUACUGCCCAACUACCAUACUGCCCAACUACCUAACUUCUACCCAACUACCUUACUACUCAACUAUCAUACUGCCCAACUACCUUACUACCCAACUACCAUACUUCCUUACUACUUACUCACUCACUCACUCACUCACUUACUCACUCACUACCCAACUACCUUGCUACCCAACUACCUUACUGCCCAACUACCAUAAAAACAGUGCGCGUAAUGCUCCAUUUUCAGUACUGGCAGCAAAAUAUCAAGUAUAUUAUAUAAUGCAACUAAUUUGAUUUGCUAAAUUUACUAGCUGCCACUACCGCGUAGUACUGACGAAGUAGAGAUAUUAAAUAUUCCUUACCAGGCAUAUUCUUAAAUACGAAGCCAUUCGCCUUAUAAAUUGAUUCUUAUCACUCUGAAGUUGUAGGAUUCCAAUGUGCAAUAGCAUUUGUAGGCAGACGAAAGGCUUUCAGAUGCUAACAUAACUUACCAACCAAGCUACAUUUUGUUAUUAGAGUAAAAAAGAAGAAAAAAUGAGAAACAAUGAUUCAGAAUUGGCAUCGCAACAAAAAGCUGUUGAAAAAGGUUUGAACAUUCAUGGAGAAGACCAUUCUAAAACUGCCAGAAGUUAUAACAACAUCGGAAUUGCACAACAUGAGAUGAAAGAUUACAAGUCAGCGUUGGAGUCACAUCAACACGCUCUUCAAAUCAGAUUAAAACUGUUUGGAGAAGACCAUGCUGACACGGCACUAAGUUAUUACAACGUUGGAGUUACACAACAUGAGAUGAAAGAUUACAAGUCGGCGAUGGAAUCACACCAACAUGCUCUUCAAAUAAGAUUAAAACUGUUUGGAGAAGACCAUUCUGAAACUGCUCUAAGUUAUUACAACAUUGGAAACACACAACUUGAGAUGAAAGAUUACAAGUCAGCGUUAGAGUCACAUAAACAUGCUCUUCAAAUCAGAUUAAAACUCUUCGGAAAAUAUCAUUUUGACACUGCUAGAAGUUAUAACAGCAUUGCAGUCACACAACGUGAGAUGGAAGAUUUCCAGUCAGCGUUGGAGUCAGAUCAACAUGCUCUUCAAAUUAGAUUAAAACUGUUUGGAGAAGACCAUCUUGACACGGCUAAAAGUUAUAACAGUAUUGCAAUCACACAACAUGAGAUGAAAGAUUACCAGUCAGCGUUGGAGUCAGAUCAACAUGCUCUUCAAAUUAGAUUAAAACUGUUUGGAGAAGACCAUUCUGACACUGCUAGAAGUUAUAACAGCAUUGCAGUCACACAACGUGAGAUGAAAGAUUACAAGUCAGCAUUGGAAUCACAUCAACAUGCUCUUCAAAUCAGAUUAAAACUUCUUGGAGAAGACCAUUCUGACACAGCUAGAAAUUAUAACAGCAUUGCAGUCACACAACAUGAGAUGAAAGAUUACCAGUCAGCGUUGGAGUCAGAUCACCAUGCUCUUCAAAUCAGAUUAAAACUGUUUGGAGAAGACGAUUCUGACACAGCUAGUAGUUAUAAUAGCAUUGCAGUCACACAACAUGAGAUGAAAGAUUACCAGUUAGCGUUGGAGUCAAAUCAACAUGCUCUUCAAAUUAGAUUAAAACUGUUUGGUGAAGACCAUUCUGACACUGCUAGAAGUUAUAACAGUAUUGCAGUCACACAACGUGAGAUGAAAGAUUACAAGUCAGCGUUGGAGUCAAAUCAACAUGCUCUUCAAAUUAGAUUAAAACUGUUUGGCGAAGACCAUUCUGACACUGCUAGAAGUUAUAACAGUAUUGCAGUCACACAACGUGAGAUGAAAGAUUACAAGUCAGCGUUGGAGUCACAUCAACAUGCUCUUCAAAUCAGAUUAAAACUGUUUGGAGAAGACCAUUCCGACACUGCUCUGAGUUAUAACAGCAUGGGAGUUACACAACAUGUGAUGAAAAACUUCCAGUCGGCGUUAGAGUCUGAGCAAAGAGCUCUUCAAAUUAGAUUAAAACUGUUUGGGGAAGACCAUCCUGACACUGCUAAGAGUUAUUAUAGCAUUGCUGGCACACAAUAUGAAAUGAAAAACUAUAAGUCUGCUUUAGAGUCACAUCAACAUACUCUUCAAAUUAGAUUAAAAUUGUAUGGAGAAUUUCAUUCCGCCACUGUUGAAAGUUAUCGUGCAAUUGGAGUCAUUCAACGUGCUCUGAAAAACUACAAAGCAGCAUUAAAGUUACAUCGAUAUGUUGUACAAACAAGAUUAAAGCUGCACGGGGAGUACCAUGCUGACACUGCUCUCAGUUAUUGCAGCCUUGGAAUCACACAACGUGAGAUGAAAGAUUACAAGUCAGCAUUAGAGUCACAACAACACUCUCUACAAAUUGAGUUAAAAUUGUUUGGAGAGAAUCAUCCUGACAUUGCUCGAAGUUAUGAUAUCAUUGGAGACACACAAUGUGAGAUGGAAGAUUACAAGUCAGCUGUAGAGUCAUAUCAACAUGCCCUUCAAAUCAGAUUGAAACUGUAUGGGGGGGAAGAUCAUCCUGACACAGCUAAAAGCUAUGAAAAUAUUGAACUCGUACAAGACCGCAUGGAAAAUGCGGUGAGCAUGAUACCAGAAGAAAAGAAGUUGCCAGAUUGGAUGAAAUAUUUAUAA